ACGAGGUGGGCGGGCAACGCGCAAAAUUUGAAAGUUCACCGGAACCAACGUUGACGGAAGGAAAAAUACUGCGACACUGUGCAACUGCACAUUUUGAUAUGUUGAACAUUUAGAAGAAUAUAGCUACCUUUUUUUUACUACAUUGCUUAAGGUAAAUGUUUGUUAGGAAACAAUGUUGAAGUUUAAAUACGUGAGUCAGGGAACCCUGAAAACGCUGCCACCGUGUUCGGCGGCUGAACCCAUUGCCAGCCGCAGCUCCAGACUUAACCAACUGUUUCAGGGUCGAGCCAGCCUGCGUGGGCAGCACGGAGGAUGCACUUUGGGCAGAGAGGAGUUCCUGGAGUCUCUGCUGAUGCUCUAUGAAGAGUGCGCCUCCCCAGAGCUGAUGAAGAUAAAUCAUGUUGCUAACUUUGUAAACAAAUUCACUGAGGUGGUAACAGAGCUGCGAGCCCUUCAGCCUGGGGUGAACGACUUUGAACUGUGUGCCGUUGUUGGACGUGGGCAUUUUGCUGAAGUUCGAGUGGUCCGAGAAAAAACCACUGGGGAUGUGUGUGCCCUGAAGGUCAUGGACAAGGCAGUUUUACGAAAUCAAGCAAAUGUGGUUUUUCAUGAAGAAGAACGAAGAAUUCUAGCUCUGAGCACGAGUCCUUGGAUCCCACAGCUUCUGUAUGCUUUCCAGGAUAAAGAACAUGUCUACCUGGCAAUGGAGUAUUUACCAGGGGGCGACCUAAUGUCCCUGCUAAACCGCUAUGAGGACCAGUUUGAUGAAACGAUGGCUCAGUUCUAUCUAGCUGAACUGGUGGAGGCCAUUCAUGCUGUCCACCAGCUGGGCUACGUCCACAGAGAUGUCAAACCAGAGAACGUUCUCAUCGAUCGGACUGGUCACAUUAAGCUGGCAGACUUUGGAUCAGCUGCCAGGCUGACUGCUAACAAAACGGUAUCAGUCGCCGCAGUGCCUGUUGGCACCCAGGACUUCCUUUCCCCUGAGGUCCUGACAGCCGUGAAUGGUGGUUCUCACAGCACUUAUGGGAUUGAGUGUGACUGGUGGUCCCUUGGGGUCAUUGCCUAUGAAAUGAUCUAUGGCAGGUCACCGUUUUCUGAUGGUACUUCUACCAAGACCAUUCACAACAUUCUCAACUUUCAGCGCUUUCUUAAGUUUCCAAAAGAACCACAGGCCAGUAAGCAGUUUGUGGACCUGGUACAGAGCUUGCUGUGUGGAGCCAACGAAAGACUGGGAUUCCAGGGACUCCGCUGUCACACUUUCUUCUCCAGUGUGGACUGGAAUAACUUAAGACAUGUUCUCCCACCUUUUGUUCCUGCAUUGCACGCCGAAGAUGACACCUCUAAUUUUGAGGAGCCGGAGCAGGCAGCCCCCCGACCAGCCUCAGCAUCCCAGCGAGGAGCUCGGUCACUGGGCUUCCAGGGCCAGGAUCUGCCCUUUUUAGGCUGGUUCUUCAGUGGAGCUUUAACUGCAUUGGCCAAAACUGAGUCAGUGUCAGCAGGUCUCAACUCACCUGCCAAGACCAACUCCAUGGAAAAGAAACUCAAUCUUAAAAGCAAAGAACUACAGGAAACUCAAGACAAAUGUCACAAGAUGGAGCAAGAAAUCUCAAGGUUCCAGCGUAAAAUGACUGACCUGGAGUCAGUACUCCACCAGAAGGAUGUGGAGCUGAAGGCGUCUGAGACUCAGAGGAGCAUCCUGGAGCAAGACCUCGCCACCUACAUUACUGAGUGCAGUAGUUUGAAGAGAAGCUUGGAGGAGGCACGUGUGGAGGUCUCUCGAGAAGAUGACAAGGCCAUGCAGCUGCUUCAUGACAUACGAGAACAGAGCAACAAGUUGCAGGAAAUUAAAGAGCAAGAGUACCAUGCCCAGUUGGAAGAGAUGCAGGUGACCAUCAGGCAAUUGGAGGAGGACCUGUCAGCUGCACGCCGCCGCAGUGACCUUUACGAAGCAGAACUUAGAGAUUCCCGACAAACAAGCGAGGAGCUGAAAAGGAAAGCUGUGGAAUACCAGCAAAGAAUCCAAAAGGCUAAAGAACAGGGGAAGUCGGAGGUGGAGGAAAUACUCUCCAAGCUCGAGAAGACUAAUUCUGAGCAGCAGGUCAAAAUCCAGGAGUUGCAGGACAAGCUGUCCAAGGCUGUGAAAGCAAGCACAGAGGCAACUGAGCUACUGCAGAAUGUCCGACAGGCCAAAGAGCGUUUGGAACGUGACCUGGAGCGUCUACGAGGCAAAAAUGACUCCAGUGACACUUUAAAACGUCGCCUGAGAGAGACAGAGCAGGAGGGCAGGAAGACCCUAGAGAACCAGGUCAAAAGGCUGGAGAUGGUUGAGCGGCGAGAAAAUAAGCUGAAAGAUGACAUUCAGACCAAAUCCCAGCAGAUUCAGCAGAUGGCUGAAAAAAUCCUGGAACUGGAGGACAACCUGCGAGACGCUCAGUCCACAGCUCAGAGGAUGGAAACACAACUUGUUCAAAAAGAGAGGCUGUAUGAGGACAAAAUUAAGAUCCUGGAGGCCCAGAUGAAGGCAGACAUGGCUGACAAAGAGAGUCUGGAGGCCAAAAGAGCCCAGCAUGAGGAAGAGUCCAGAGAGAACUGCAAACUAAUCAGUGAACAGAAAGCAACCAUUAAUGCAAUGGAUUCAAAGAUGAAGAACUUGGAGCAGCGCAUUGCUGAGCUGUCAGAGGCUAACAAGCUGGCUGCUAACAGCAGCAUCUACACCCAGAAGAAUAUUGAGCUUAGGAAAGCCCAGGAGGAGAUGAUCUCAGAGUUGCGGCAGCAAAAAUUCUAUCUGGAGUCUCAGGCAGGAAAGUUGGAGGCUCAAAAUGCCAAACUGGAGGAGCACUUGGAGAAGAUGAGUCAACAGGAGCAGACAAAGAGGACGAGGCUCAUGGAGCUGGAGAGCAGGCUGCGGGAGAUGGGACUCCAACAUGAAGAAGAGAAGUUGGAGAUUAAGAGACAAGUGUCGGAGUUGACUCUGUCGCUGCAGGAGCGCGAGUCUCAGAUUAGCAGCUUGCAGGCUGCACGACUGGCCCUGGAGAGUCAGCUGCAGCAGGCAAAGACUGAGCUGGAGGAGACCACAGCUGAAGCUGAGGAGGAGAUCACCGCCCUCAGGAAUCACAGGGACGAGAUUCAACGCAAGUUUGAUGCCUUAAGGGACAGCUGUUCAGUGAUCACUGACCUGGAGGAGCAGCUGACCCAGCUGAGUCAGGAGAAUGCUGAGCUAAACCGCCAAAACUUUUACCUCUCCAAACAACUUGAUGAAGCAUCAGAUGAGAGGGAGGACCAGCUGCAGCUCAGCCAGGAAGUGGACAGGCUGAGAAGGGAGGUGGCUGACCGGGAGAUGCACCUUAACAACCAGAAACAAAACAUUGAGACACUAAAGACAACUUGCAGCAUGUUGGAGGAGCAGGUGGUGGAAUUGGAGUCUUUAAAUGAUGAGCUGCUGGAGAAAGAGAGGCAGUGGGAGGCUUGGAGAGGAGCCCUGGAGGACGAAAAAAGCCAAGCCGAGAGACGCACGAGAGACCUGCAGAGGUUGCUCGACAAUGAAAAGCAAAACAGGCUCCGUGCAGACCAGCGCAGCAGUGAGUCGCGACAGGCGGUGGAACUUGCGGUCAAAGAGCACAAAGCAGAGAUACUGGCCCUACAGCAGGCUUUGAAAGAACAGAGGCUAAAGGCUGAAAGUCUGUCUGAUACUCUCAACGACCUGGAGAAGAAGCACGCCAUGCUAGAGAUGAACGCUCGCAGUUUACAGCAGAAACUGGAGACAGAGAGAGAACUGAAACAGAGGCUGAUGGAAGAGCAAGGGAAACUGCAGCAGCAGAUGGACCUCCAGAAAAGCCACAUUUUCCGUCUGACCCAGGGACUGCAGGAUGCCCUGGACCAGACCGACAUGCUCAAGACUGAGAGGACUGAUUUAGAAUACCAGCUGGAGAACAUACAGGCUGUAUACUCCCACGAGAAGGUGAAGAUGGAGGGAACCAUCUCACAGCAGACCAAACUUAUUGAUUUCCUCCAGGCAAAAAUGGAUCAGCCAACCAAGAAAAAAAAGCAGGGAAUAUUUGGUCGCCGCAGGGAGGAUGUUGGUACCACAACGAAUGGUGCGCUAGCCCCGCAGCCUCAGCCAGCAGUCCCUAUGCAGUACAGUGACAUGAAACUGGCUUUGGAGAAGGAACGUUCUAGGUGUGCUGAGCUAGAGGAGGCUUUACAGAAGAUGAAAAUAGAGCUUAGAUCCCUGAGAGAAGAAGCGGCUCACUUCAAAGCCCAGGAACAUGUGGCUCCCUCUACUCCGGCCCAGGCUCGCCAUCAGAUUCUCAUGUCGGCUAUUGUUAAGUCCCCAGAACACCAACCUAACCCCAGUAGCCUGCUCAACCCCUCCACCCGCUGUAAGGAGACAUCCACACCAGAAGAAAAGAGGAGGGUCACCUUUGAAAAGUUUGGUCGACGUGUGAAGGAAAGAAUGCAUCACAACAUCCCUCACCGUUUCAAUGUGGGGCUCAACAUGAGGGCUGCAAAAUGUGCAGUCUGUCUGGACACUGUGCACUUUGGACGUCAGGCUGCCACUUGUCUGGAAUGCCACACACUGUGUCACCCUAAAUGCUCACCUUGUCUCCCGGCCACCUGCGGUCUGCCAGCUGAGUACGCCACUCAUUUUUCGGAGGCUCUGUGUCGGGAAAAGGCAAACUCACCUGCGCUCCAGGUGAAAGAGGCCAGUGGGCAUGUUCGCCUAGAGGGGUGGAUGAAGCAACCCAGGAAUGCAAAGCGAGGUCAGCAGGGCUGGGAGAGGAAGUAUGUGGUGCUGGAUGGAACCAAAGUAUCGAUCUAUGAAAAUGAGCCCAGAGAGGACUGUAUAAAGGCAGAGGAGGAGUUUGAACUGUGUAUGCCUGAUGGAGAGGUGUCUGUUCAUGGAGCUGUUGGAGCCUCUGAACUUAUCAACACAGCCAAGUCAGACAUCCCGUAUGUGUUAAAGCUUGAGUCACAUCCCCACACCACCUGUUGGCCGGGACAGUCGCUGUAUUUUAUGGCCCCCAGUUUCCCUGAUAAGCAGCGCUGGGUAGCAGUGCUGGAGUCUGUGGUGGCUGGCAGCCGAGGAUCUAAGGACAAAGGCGAAUCUGAUGCUGCAGGUGUUUCUAAAAGACAGAAGAACCUUUCCCCUCUGGUUCAGAAACUUUUGGGCAACUCCCUGCUGAAACUUGAGGGUGACGACCGUUUGGACAUCAACUGCACUCUCCCUCUCACUGACCAGAUUGUGUUGGUCGGCUCUGAAGAGGGUCUGUAUGCCCUUAAUGUCAUAAAGAACUCACUGACCCACAUCCCAGGGCUAGCCUCUGUCUUCCAGAUCCAGAUCCUUAGGGAGCUUGAUAAGCUGCUAAUGAUCACUGGAGAGGACAGGGCGCUGUGUCUGGUGGAUAUCAAGAAGGUGAAACAGUCUCUGUCUCAGUCCCAUCUCCCAGCUCAGCCUGACCUCAACCCCUUCAUCUUUGAGACGGUGAAAGGAUGCCACCUCUUCUCCUCUGGAAAGAUUGAUAACGGAACUUGUAUCUGUGCCGCUAUGCCCAAUAAGAUCACCAUCCUGAGACAUAACGAAAGCCUGAAUAAAUUCUGUAUCAGAAAGGAGAUUGAGACCUCAGAGCCCUGCAGCUGUAUCCACUUCACUGGCUACAGCAUCAUUAUCGGCACCAACAAGUUCUAUGAAAUUGAAAUGAAGCAGUAUGUGUUGGAAGAAUUCUUGGAUAAAAAUGAUGUCACGCUAGCUUCAGCCGUCUUUGCGGCAUCAUCCCAUAGUUUCCCCAUCUCCAUUAUUCAGGUCACCACUGCUCCACAGAAGGAUGAAUACCUGCUCUGUUUCCACGAGUUUGGUGUGUUUGUGGAUUCAUACGGCCGCAGGAGCAGAAGUGAGGAUAUCAAAUGGAGUCGUCUGCCCCUGUCCUUUGCUUACAGAGAACCAUAUCUGUUUGUGACCUACUUCAACUCUCUGGAUGUAAUUGAGAUUCAGGGUCACGCUGCUCUGGGGCCUCACUCUUAUGCACACCUGGAUAUUCCCAACCCACGUUACCUGGGCCCGGCCAUCUCCUCCGGUGCCAUUUACCUAGCCUCAUCCUACCAGAACAAACUUAGAGUCAUCUGCUGUAAGGGUAACCUGGCCCAGUGCCAGGAGGGAGGGAGUGACCUGCAGCGGAAUGGCUCCGGACGCAGCCCUAACAAGCGCGGGCCUCCGUCUUACAACGAGCACAUCUCUAAAAGGCUGGCGGCCAACCCUCUAGUUCACGCAGACCCAGGAACACCACACCGCUACAGAGAAGCUCGCACAGAGUUUCGACGGGACAAGUCCCCCAGUCGUCCACUGGAGAGAGAGAAGUCUCCUGGACGGAUGCUGGAAAGCCGGAUAGUCGGCUCUCCGGGUAGAGCUAUGGCUGACCCUCGGUUAGAGCGUUCUCCGGGCCGGGCCAUGGCUGGAGACCCCCGCAUGGAUCGUUCCCCUGGUCGCAUGAUGGACGUUCGUAGGGAGCGGUCCCCUGGAAGAUAUGAGGAGCGUCAAAGGCUCCAUACUGGCUCUGGACGCACACCCAUCAACUCAGUUAACAAGGUGUGGGACCAAUCAUCUGUGUGAUAUUUACCUUACGAAAGCAGCACGGACAGAGAAAAUCAUAUUUGAAAAAAGAAAAGGGAAGAAACAGGGGACAGAGAGAAAGAGUCACCAAGUCACGAUCAAACACUGCCACAUGUCUGUGUUGCCUGACAUCGAAAGUGAAAAAACCCCAGAGGAGAAAAACAACAGUACCUACCAGAGUGUCUCAGAGCAGAGAGGAAUAAAUAAGAUGUCAUUAUAACCAGGUUAUGUGUUUCCCUAAUGAAUUCGCUCGAGUCAGAGGAGGGUAAACAAAAUGACACAUUAAUAAUCUGAGCAGUUAUUUUCAGUGUAAUUAAGUUUAUGUGCUUGAUUCACACAGGAUACAGUGAUAUGAUUUCAUCACAGACAGAAAUGAGAUUCGAAUGAUUAAGUAAAGAUUUGAGGUGUUUGUUUUUUUCCUCUCGCUUCAGUUAACUCCACACACUGUGGAGACUGAAACAGAUAAGCACAGCUGUAGCAGCGUUCUCCCACAGGUCAGUAACUAACACGUUUUUAAAAGUCAGUCACAAGAUCAAAACAGUAGAGUUUCAUUCAAAAGUAUCACAUCUUUCCACAGUUGUGUGUCCUCUGUAGCUACAGCAGUGGGCAGGAGUCACAUCCACCACAGCAUCUCUAGCUCCAGUCCUGUGCCGACACAGUUACACACAAUCAUUCUUAGCUGAUUACAAUCACCAAACAGGAGUUGGAUGCAGCACAAAACUAAUUUAAUUGAAAAAACAAAUGGAUGACUGUCUACCCUCACACAAACUAGGCCGUCACUGAAAAAAAGUGCACUACCCACAAUCCCACACAGCUACGGAGCAGGACCUUUCUAAUCCUACAGAACGCUAUCUGACUGUAAAUAGAUGAGACAUAAUUUUAUAUACAUAUAUGUAAAUAUAUUGAGAAGGAAUUUCAAGGCUGGAUGAAGCCGUGUCUAUUUUUGUUAAAGAAGAAAAAAAAAAAGACAAAAGUUAACGUGUCCUUAUGAAUGUCCAAUGAGUAUUCUUUUAUUCUGUCCACCUGUCUUUUAAUCAAAGUGAGUGAUUGUAUCUGAUUCCACCCCGUGUAUGCACUUAGGUUCAAAUCUCAGAGCUGAAUGAUGGGGAGUGUGGCGAGAAAAAAAAAAAAAGAUCAUGUCUGCAGCUCACAGCAUCGUACUUGAGCAUUUCUUUUUGUACAACCUCCCUUGAUAUUGUAAAUAAUAUUCUGCUCUGUUUUCAUUUUGGUGCGUCAAUGGCAUGGAUAUGUAUAUCUGAACUGAAAUGGAGUGUCGUCUUCUGCUUCUGCCUCCUUUUCUUUAUAAUUUUAAUUUCCAUAAUCCAGGAAUUCGCACGUAACCAACUGCUGUUUUUUCUUUUUCAUAACUUUUACUUAUUUGCUUUGACAAUUUUUAUUACAAUUAUUCAAUUUUCUGACUUCAUUGAGGCAUCUAUGACAAGCUACAUUUUUUAGUCCAUACAGUAUUAAGCCCUUAACUGGAGCUGGUUUGUUUACCAUUUCUUUGAUUUGAUAAAAUUAGGUACUAAUUUAACUGACUAAAAAAACGUAAGUAGUUUUUACCUUUCAAUUUUUUUUUAAUUGCACUAUUUUAAAUGAACAAAAACUCUUCCUGAAUGUAUUCUGUAUCCACAAAGAAUGAAGAGAUUCACAGGUCACAACAGAAAGCCCCUGCAGUGACAGAUUGCACAAGUUUUCUUCUCAGACCUUUAACAGUAAAUAGACCAUUCUGUUUUCUUUCAUUGUUUUUUUGUUGUUGUUGUUGUUGUUUUCAUCACAAUCACAUUUGGGUUGUUUUCCACUUGCAUUAGAAUCACAACGCUGUAUCAAUGGAUAUGAUAUUGAUGUCUGCUAACAAAUGUUUUAUUAGCGUUACCUGUAGAGACUUUGUCACAGAAUAUUAAAUACUAUGAGCAUUGUCUAUCA